AAUCGUGCUGAUGUUCUGCCACGGUCGUAUAGUGCAUGUCUACUGCAUCGACUACAUGAUGGCGGCAGGCCUAGAUUUACCAGACACCCUACUAACUGUUUAACCCAAAAGGACCGUUACAAUUGUAAAUCCUUUCCAGCUUUAGCUCCUGCUGACAGCUAAUUUGCGGCAAACUUUCCCCAAGCGGUUGGAAGACGGCUAACGCUUAGGCAGCCUCGUUCCUCGCAAACGCGGCUAUAUGAAAAGAGGAUUCGUUGCCGGGACAAGCCCCGGCGGGCCUGCUGUAUCGGCUGCCAAACGCAAGAGGCUUGCUGCGUUGGACGAUGCAGCAAAGCGAAAGCAAGCCCCAGCAGCUGCUGCAGCAGCAGCUCCCACUCCCGCCCAUCCCACGGGGACCAACUCUCAGCCGCUGCGGCCUAGCGUCCCGGCAGAGCCAUCCGUAUCUGGGCCUGGCGAGUUUCCUUACAACCCACUUGGGGAUGCAGUACUGGACGGUGCACUAUCCGCUGCGCUGGCAAAAGCGAAGGCAGCGGCAGCCGCCGCCACCGAUGCAGUCACCAGCGCCAGCGCCUCACAAUCAGCUCCUGGGAGGAGGACCCAAUCGGGCGCAGGAGCCGCCUCGCGCCUAGGGGCAGCACAAUCGAGGGCAGCGGCUGGGGUUGCCGUACCAGGCGCUGACUCCGUAGCUGCGCAGGUGCUAGCUCAGCUGGUGGCCACCAACCCGCGCGCCAACAGCAGCGACGUAUCGAGCCUGCUGGUGCAGAGAUUGCAGGACCGCUCGGUCUUGCUGGACAACCCUACUGCGGUGCUCAAGGCUAAGAACAUGUUCAACAGGCGCAACUCCAGCUACUCGGCCAACCUCCGCAGCAAUGUGCGAUGCAAGCAAACGGUGGCGCAAAGCGAUCCUGCGUCAAAGCGAACUCCCAGCUACCAAACCAUGCUGCGAGUGCACGAGCUGUGGACCCAGUACACGCAGAGCCUGGCACGCAGCAGCAGCGCUGCAGGUGGCUCGGCAGCGGGCGCCCAGGCGCUAGGCCGCAUUGUUGACCUGCACGGCGCGCGGGUGACUGUCGUACAGCACUCCAACCCGCAGCAUGUCGGCGCCAGCGGCAUCGUGCUGCGGCGGAGCAAGACGUGCAUCCACCUGGUUGCACCCGAUGACCGGGUUCGAGUGGUGCCAUUGAAGGGCUGCUGCGCACGUUACGCGGUGAACGGUACCACCUUGCAGCUGUCUGGCUGACGUCAGUAGCGGGUGGUGCCACGUCUGGGCUUCACGUCACUGGCUGUGAUCAGGUUUCCGGCGGGAGCAAGCAGUUUCUGCGGCGGAGCUUGCUUCCAGCGCCUCAUGCUCGCAGCGAGGACAGGCUCGUCGGCCUUUAUUUGCCCCCGGAGGACCGCGGAGGAACUCUGCUUAUCCACUCCAGUCAACUGCCACCCACCAACAGCAACAUCCGGGGCCCUUCAAACCCCCUGGGCCCCCGAAGCCCCCGGUCCCUCACUGCCAUGCCCUAUCGAGUUACAGUAGCACCUCCACCUUCCAUCCCUCCGUCUUCACCGUUCGCGCCCGUUGCCGUACAAGCUCAAGGUACUUCACCGUGUCCUCUUCAUCCAGUCCGUUGACAUUGGUGAACAAAUC